AAAUCACAACAGUUGAUGCAGGUGCUAUUGAUUUUAUAUAAAAAAAAAACUAUUGUUAAUCUCAUCAAACUGUUUGUUUCUACGUUUUGUUCCUUGGCCUUAGAUUCAGCACUUGUGUCUUACUGUACCUGGUUCAGUGGGUCAGAGGUUUGAAGUGCGUCCUGACCUGAAGACCAAGGUCCAAAAACUGUUUGACUUUUUUUUUUUUUUUUUUUUUGUCACCUCUGUUGGUUGUGUUUGGGGUGGUGUGUGUGUGUGCGUCCACUUGGCUGAGGCACACGCUGACAGUAAAUAGAUGGAUUCGGCCGUGGGGCCCUGCAUGUGCCACCCUGGUGGGAGGAGAGGACGGGGCGGAGGGGAGGGGAGGUCCAGCAGGGCGCGGUUUUCUCCUUCUUCUCCUGCGGCACCUCAUCUACACUGUGUAGUAGGAUCUCUUCCAUUUCCAUUUCUGCCAGCAGCCCUGCGCCACAGGGACGCAUUGAGAAAAAAGCCGAGAGGCAGAAACCACUGCGGGGACACCCUUUGACCGCCGUGCCCAACAGGCGCAGCCUGCCUACGCACUGCGCGCCUCCCUGUCUGUGUGUCUGUGUGUCUGUCUGUGGACCUUUUUUCUCACAGCACCGACACAUACAUACUCUCUCUCACACACACACACACACACACACAGAGAGAGAGAGAGAGAGAGAGACCGCUUUGAACCUGUCUGCCAAGAUAAACCCACCUCGCCUAUUUAUGCUCCAGCCUCUGCGCGCAAUCGGGAAAGGAGCGCGUCCUCUGCGCACAGGGACAGGUUCACUGGUCUUCACUCAGGCGCACUGGACACUUUUACGCGCCGGGAUGGCAACUUUUAGGGACUACGGAAUGAGUCCUGCUCCCGUACCUCCCCUCUAAGAACUAGCACACAAAAGAAGAAAUCCAGCUCUGACUUUUUUUGGCACCCGGUGGCGGAAUGCUACUUCCGACGCUGGUGACGUUCCUCGCCGGGUGCGCCUUUCUACUCUCGCCGGUCAGUGAGGGCUGCGGACCGGGUCGAGGUUACGGCAAGAGGCGACCACAGAGGAAACUGGUUCCGCUCGCCUACAAGCAGUUCAGCCCCAACGUAGCCGAGAAGACUUUGGGGGCCAGCGGCAGAUAUGAAGGGAAAAUAACCAGGAACUCCGAGCGCUUCAAGGAGCUCACCCCCAACUACAACCCGGACAUCAUCUUCAAGGAUGAGGAGAACACAGGUGCAGACCGCAUGAUGACGCAGCGCUGCAAAGACAAGCUUAACUCUCUGGCCAUCUCUGUCAUGAACCUCUGGCCUGGGGUUCGCCUGCGGGUCACUGAGGGCUGGGACGAGGACGGCCAUCACUCUGAGGAGUCGCUGCACUACGAGGGCCGGGCGGUGGACAUCACCACCUCAGACCGGGACAGGAACAAGUACGCCAUGUUGGCACGACUGGCGGUGGAGGCUGGGUUUGACUGGGUCUACUAUGAGUCCAAGGCCCACAUACACUGCAGCGUCAAGUCAGAUCACUCCGUGGCGGCCAAGUCUGGAGGUUGUUUCCCCGGAGUGGCUCAGGUCACCUUGGAGAGUGGCCUUCAGAAGGCCAUCAGAGACCUGAGGCCCGGUGAACGGGUCUUGGCUUUGACAGACCAGGAUGAGCUGGUCUACAGUGAAGUCCUCACCUUCCUGGACCGAGACCCCCAGAGCCAGAAACUCUUUUACACCCUGCAGACAGAAUCCGGGGCACGGCUCUCCCUCACUGCCGCUCACCUGAUCUUUGUUUCUGAAGGGAACUGUUCAGAGGGAACAGUACCAGCGCUGGGAGAACUCACAGCUGUGUACACCAGCGACGUCAGGCCGGGACAGUGCGUGCUGGUGCUGGACGGUAAAUCAGGGAGUCUGUCUCGGGUCACCACGGUCUCCCUGAGACAAAUGCAGGGGGUCUUUGCGCCUCUGACCCAGCAGGGCACACUGGUGGUGGACGGCGUGGUGGUGUCGUGCUACGCUGUGGUGGAGCAGCACUCUCUGGCCCACUGGGCCUUCACCCCACUCAGGCUGAUGCAUAGCUGGACUGGCACCACGGGAGGCCACGGUGACGGGGUCCACUGGUACUCAAGGGUUUUACACUGGCUGGGAACGCUGCUGCUGGACACUGGACGGCUCCACCCUCUGGGCGUGGCUCAGAAUGACAGGUGAGGGUAAAAAAAAAA